GAAGUAAAUAGGAUCCUCAAAAACCGACACCCACUGUAUUACUCUAACAUUGGGCUCAAUGAGGUAUUCCCAAUAGUCACUUAUUUUAAGAAAUGAUUGAUGAUAAAUACAGAUGAAAAAUGGAGCCAUCUAGCUCCAAUUGAGAAUAAUUUUUCUAAAGAAGAAGAUAAGAACGAUGUUUUUAAUGAUUCCCAAAAGAAUAAUUACAAUCAAAGAUUAUCUACCUUCAAAGAGCUACUUGAUAGGAACAUCAGGAAGGAAUCAAUGCUGAUUAAAAGAGAUAGAUACAGAGAAGACGAUGAAGAUGAGAAUUUUAAAAUAGAUAGUCAAGAGCCUACUCCUGAAGGAAUCAGCUCACAAGAUUUCAAACAUGCAAGUGAUAGAGUGAAGAGGAAAACCCAAGCAAAGAUAGAUAGCUCCUACAAGGACCUAUCCGUUCUUGGUUUUGGGGUUUACUCGUUUUUCUACAUACUUGAGAUGUUAAUGAUCCUCUUCGCUGUGCUCUCAUUGCUUUCCUUUUUCACAAUGUUCCUGUACUCCUACUAUGGGGAUAGCAAAUAUUCAACCAGCCUUUUUGACUAUAUUGAGAUGGGUAACCUAGGAUAUUCUUCCAGCUUCUGCAAAGACGUCCCUCUUGGUGUAGGCCAGAUGACUGUUGAUUGUCCUACAGGAGUUAUCAGCCAGAUCGAAUCAUACGGUGUUACUCCUUCUAACGGAAGAUAUUUAGAUGGUUGAAAACCAAACGAAGAUACAUGGAAAUGUGAAGGAGUUUACUCUGCUGAAUAUGUCCAGGAAUACAUUGAAGAAGAAUGUAUUGGCCGAAAAUCAUGCCUCAUUGAGACCAGAUCAUUUGUCGACCUCAGAGCUGAGCCUCCCGAAUGUGUAGAUUACACAUCCCAGUUCUUUAUUCAGCUCUUCUGCUAUUUGCCAGAAAAAGAACUUGAGAACAAGCUUUGGAUUAACAAAAUUUUGACAUAUGAAGUAAUUGGGAUAAAUGUGCUUCUACUAGCGUUUUGCUUCUAUGUCAGCAGGAGUCUUAAUGGAAAAUAUAUUGAAUGGGACCACAAAACCACAACGAUUUCUGACUACACCGUGAAGUUUGAUAUCCCCGAUGAACUUUAUGAAAAAUAUAUUGAUUACAUCUAUGAUCUCAGUGGGGAAGAAGUUUCUGGGGAAUCACAAGUAUACGCGUUCAAAAAGUUCCUCAGGGAUGAGAUUGUCGCAAUGCUAAAGGAUGAAAGACCUGCAAUGGCAGAUGACGAUAGCCUACUUGACAUUGUAGACAUCCAAUUCACCUUCAAACAUUAUAGGCUGAUCCCUCUAAUGGUUCAGAGGGGCAGAGCAAUCUGGGAUGAGAACACUAUUCGAAGAAAAGAGAUAGAAAAUAAAAUCCUUUAUGAAUACUCAAGCAGCUUUACCACUCCAAUAGAGGCUUAUAUCAUAUUUGAAAAUGAAGAGGCAUACCAAAGAUCUCUGGGAAUGAACAAUACUAGAAUUUGCUGUUUUAAUUUCACAGAGCAUCAUAUUAAUGUUCAGAAGGUAGCGACGACUAAAACUAAGGAAUAUGAUUUCUCUAUUAGAACAGUGAUUCAACCAACGAAUAUCAAGUAUGAAAAUAAGCAUAAAUCUCGAAUGGAGUCUUUCUUCAGAUGGAUUAUAGCAAUAUUCAUCAUUGGGAUAGUUAUGGUUAUUGGAUUCUCUUUGUUAUUCCUUACACAGCAAACAAAGGAUCUCCUGAGGAGAUCUUAUCCAGAAGUAGACUGAGAACUCCUAGCAGAGUCAUAUUCCUCUGAAUCAAUGUUGCUUAGAUUUGCUGUUUCUGAAUGGUAUAACAUCGACGAGCAAGGAAUCUCAAGGGAAUCUAUUCUAAAAUUAUCCACUUCUAACCUACAAUGUUUUUGCAAAAACCUCCAGUCUGAGCUUGGAUAUAGAGAAGCUUCGCAAAAAUAGCUACAAAGUGCAGGUACGAGGAAGACUUAUAGACUCUCCUCUGUGUAAGGACUAUUUAUUUGCUGAAAAAAUUGUCAUUCUAAGCAUUGUCCUUGCCCCCGCAAUUCUUGAAGCUAUCAAUUUUGGUAUCAGAACUGUCAUUAACUUCUCUAUGAGUGUCCUAAGAAUGGAAAAUAAAACUAUAGAGUCCUCUACUGCGAUGGUGAUAGACUUUAUGUUGACCUUCUUCAACAGUUCCAUUGUUAUACUUCUAAUGAAUGCUAAUUUCAGAGAGACAGGACUACCUUUCACAUUUCUGAAUGGUUAUUAUGGAGACUUUAAUGCAAAGUGGUAUGCAUUGGUUGCACCUAUCUUUAUCACACCAAUGUUCAUCAGAUGCAUACUUCCUCCCGUCAUGAUGGUCGUCGGAUGGGGACUUAAGAGACUCUUCUUGUUAAUUGACCAAAGGGAAUAUAUUCUCUCUAAAAUCUGUUUCUCUAACCUUGACAGGAACGAAGAAGAAGACAGAACCCUAGUGUUUACAAACAAAAAGACUAAUCUGGAAUUUGCAAAUCUCAGAUCUGGAGAUAAGCUAAACCUUCAUAGUCCGUACUCACAAGUCCUGGUUGCAAUAAUGAUAUGCUUUAUGUAUGGUCUUGGGUUGCCAAUUCUGUUCCCUUUGACCUUUUGCUUCAUUGUUGUGAUCUACCUGACUUACAAGAUUGGGAUAGUGUACUGGUACCAGAAGCCUCCACAUUUCGAAUCAGCACUAAGUACCAUCUUCCUUUACAACCUCAAAUAUGCUAGCUUAUUCUUCUGAGGGUUCUCUUACUGGAUGCUUUGCAAUAGACAAAUGUUUGACAACCAUGUGUUGGGAAAGGAGUCCCAGGACGAAGUUGAGUAUAACGGUCAUUCCAUCUAUUAUGUUCCUGGAGAUCACAGAUUGCUUCUGCUGUUCUUCUUCUUUGUCUGUUGAGCUUACAUUUGGCUGUACGAAGUCAGAUUUGAUUGCUUCAACAUCGUGUUCUCUUCUUCAGUGAAGCAAGAAGCUUCACAGUUCGAAGGCUUGAGAAGUUUCUAUAAAAGUCUGAGCUAUAAGAACCUUAUAAACUGGAUUUACGAAGAAGCUUUGGUUAGGAAUCAAUUCGGCUACAAAAAGCUCUUUGAUAGCACCUACGAAAGAUUACUGAAGGAGCAAGGAAUGCGAGGACUUUUUAAGAAGUACAAUGUUGAUGAAUUAUUAGAAAAAGGGUUGUUUGAAGAAUCCAGUUAUGAUAUUUUAGCUCUACCGGAGUAUUAUGAGCAGCUGGGGUACUUGCCCAUAGAAGAGAGAAAUGAGUCUAACCAUAAGAAGGAGAUGGAGCCGAUAAUCAACGACACAAAAAGACUCUUUGACUAUCCUUAUUUUAGGAAAUUCCAAAACCUCAAGAACAUCUUCAACUCAGACAGACAACCUCUAACCCCCACUAUUGCUGAAUCUAAGAAUGAGAGAGAGGAAUUAUUCCGUGAUUUUGAAAAAUCCUAG